CUUCUCAGUACGGAAACUCCAAUUGAUUGGGGCAUUCACUUCACACCACCUUCUUUGAUUCGAGAAGGAUUGUACUCGACAGAAAUACACGCCAUAUUUCCAAGCCAGCGCACUCAAUUACCCCCAUUGCGACACUUGCGCAUAUCCUACCCAGGGAGAACUCCGCAGUCUCUUCCAUUUUCUCUCUCUCAAAGCGCCCACGCCCACCCUCACUCACCCCCCCCCAACCAUCACCAUGUCCCUCUCCGAAAACUUCAUAACCUCCAUCCGCGCCGCCCCCAAAUCCGCCAACACCGCCAUCUCCAAAGACAUCGGGAUCUACACGCACACCCUCCACCCGACCUACACCAUCGACAGCGCCUUCAAGAAAUCCUCCACCACCCCCCACUGCCUCGCCGUGAGCAGCACGCACAUCUUCGCCGCGCAAGCCGACAAGGCCGUCGUGCACAUCUACUCGCGCCAGCGCGCGAACCAGGAAGCUCUCGUCUCGUUUCCGGAGCGGAUACACAGUCUCGCGUUGCUGCAUGAUGGAUUGCUCGCGCUGGGGACGGCGGAGGGGAGAGUUAUUCUGUGGGAGGUGUUGACGGGACGACAGGUGUCGACGCCGACGUCGCAUUUACAGCCUGUUACGUGUUUGAGUGGUGAUGCGACGCACUUGGUUUCUGGGUCCGCGGACUCGAAAUUGUAUGUGUGGUCUGUACCCGCGCUGCUUUCUCAAGCUACGAGUGGCCCCCACGAGCCGCUGCGCGCGCUGUCGAAUCAUCGCGCGGGAGUCACGGAUGUAGUCCUCGGCCAUGGGGGGAGCGGGACGAAUAUCUGUGUCUCGGCGAGUAAGGAUAAUACGGCGAUCGUAUGGAACUACCAGACUGGUGAACUACUACGCACAUUCCUCCUCCCAGCAACCCCAACAUGCCUCGCCCUCGACCCGUGCGAUCGUGCGGUUUACAUAGGGUUCGAGAAUGGGGAUGUGCAGGCGGUUGAUUUGUUCGUGCCGAAGGCGGCGGUGAACGCACUUCAUGACGCGGAGCAACAGGCUACGCCUAUCCAAGUCCCUCCUACGCCCCUUACCGGCGCACCUACAGAGCUGGGGGAGGUGCAUUGCCUAGGCGUGAGCUACGACGGCACAACUCUCGUAUCCGGGCACGCAUCGGGCAAGAUCACGCAGUGGGAGAGCGGGGCGAAGAAGUUCGUCGCGGAGUUAGGGGAUGUGAACGCCCCCGUUACGAAUCUAGUCAUGCUUGACCCUCUAAAGGGUGCUGAGAGGGUAGCGGCGGUGGGUGUAUCGAAGCCGCGGCUGGGAGAGGGAAAUGGGGUGUUCGUUGGGCAGUUUUUGGGCGGGUUGUUAGGGAAGGGGGAGGGGAGGAAGGGGGUGCAGGUUAAGGAGGUUGGGUUUGAUGAGGGGGAGUUGGAGAGGGCGAUUUUGGAGUUCUCGGCGGCUCCUGCGGCGGCGGCAGCGGUGAAGGGGGGGAAGACGGAUGAAGCGCUUAGGAAGGAGAAUGAGGAGUUGUGGGCGAUUGUGAAUGAGCAGAAUGAGGUGCAGAAGUCGACGUGGAGUAAGUAUCGGAAGGUGGCUUCGGGGAAGGUGGAGGGGUGAAGGGGUGAAGAGGGAAGGAUAGGAGCCGGUGAGGACUAUGUAGAUGGGAAUCGGGACGGACGGGGUAAGCCGUGGUGACGGUUCGGUGCCAUGGUGCUUCAAGGCGAGGGGAGGGAGCUGUUGUCGUCCCGAGUGGCAGGCUGGAUGCCGAAGGGAAGGGAUAGACCUCACAGGCAGUUGUCCAUACGACGAGUGGACGAGGGAUCACCACCCCCAGAACAGCAUGCAAGAAGCUAGAAGCGCAGCUCACCUGCAGCUCCCCUCAGCUUAGGCCACAAUACAAUAAACAAACAUCCAAAUGCUAUGCACCUUCGCCCGUCCCACGAGCAGCUCCUAUUGAUCAGCAGCAUGCACGACGCUAGAAGCGCAGCUCAUCUGCAGCUUCGGCCGCGAUGAAGACAUGCACCUUCCCCAACAGCUCCCGUUGAUCAGCACUCACCAGCGUGCAUCCUCUGGUCUCGACCACAAUAAACCACGCACCUUCACCCAUCCCAACAGCUCCCCGUCGAUCACCACACCUCAUCUCGACUACAUCCAUGAAUCGCAAUCCCCACCGCGCGCUCAUCUCCCUCCCUCCCUUGCCGCGUCCAAAAAUAAUGUGAUCGUCGCCGCCGUCGCAAUCUCUCCUCCCGCUACAUAUCUACAGCAGUAGCGAUAGGGAUGACGUCGGGGGGUUAGUGAGGGAUGGCAAGGAGGGCUUUGCUGGUUUGGGGAAGAGAUGCGAUGAUGAAGGGGUCUGGGCUUGAGGUUGUAAGCGUCAAACGCGUGUGGUGGAGGGAGGGUAGGGGUUCUGUGCAUGGGGCUAGAAGGGUGGUGGAGGUGUGGUGGAGAUGAAAUGGUGAUCCCGUGUUGGUGGUUAUGUGGUUGCGUUGAGUGGGUUGGAGGAUGGUGAUAUCGGAAUGGAAUGCUUUGAUAUGUGUGUAUCUUUAGAUCAUUACUGAGCUGUAGUAUAACUGCAUCCUCGUAUCCUUUUAUUCGCAUAACCACUGUAAUGAGCGUAAUUGAGGGUAUAAUAUGUAUAAUAUGUCGGUGUCUGGUGUUGAGCAAAAUUCGCAGGGAUAAAUGAAGCUGAUGGACCGGACCCAUAAGCCGGGUGUCGUGCUGUGCAGGAAUCUGAAACAAAGCCAGCUGGGGGUCAACGGGGCACGGGCCAUACGUCCAGGGGUGAGUGGUUGUGUGGUGUUUAGGCGAG